AUGCCGGCUAAAGCCGAGACGCCUGAAUUCCCCCAGUCACUUUCAAUGGAGCAGAUAUUGUACUUCACUUGCUUCAAAUCUGAAUGUGAGCUGGCGUUUGAGCUGUCCCUGCCCGGGUCUAUCCUCGCUGGUGUAGACUACCCGUACAGUUUGCCUAAUCCGCCAACACUUGGUGUCAUGAAUCUGGACAACAAGGCCCUCAUGAUGGAGCAAAGAUCUUGGUACUACUACUUAGCAGAGAUCUCAGCACGGCACCUGAUCGAUCGUUUCACGCAGGCUCAAAAGAGAUGCCCUCCUCACCCGACUGAGCACGGCAUCGACCGCAUGCUGGAAGUAUUUGAGGUCUUUGAUGCCCAACUGUCGGACUGGUACGAAUCGCUACCGCCGCCUAUAUCAUUCCAAAUACCCACUGGGGAUAUUGCUCCCCUGGGUGAUGACCUGUGCCAAAUGCUUCGUGGACGGUACCUGGCGAUGAAGGAGCUUCUGUGCAGGCCUUUCGUCCGGUUGGCCUCCACCAUCUCCAUCGCUUUAACCGUUUCGGAACACAUGGUAGCAAGGGUGGCAGAGCUUGCUUCGCGAGGGCUACAAUACUGUUUGUUCAGGAUCCAGGCUACGUCGUCUACACCUCAUCACGGCCUCUGGUUGCAACUGAGGGGAUUCGUGACUUGUUCUCUAAUCCUGACGGCCGCAGAGCGGGCACAAAGUAUCCCGUCGUUGAACAUGCCAACAAAAGUCACGUACCCUCAAAAUUGGAAGCGGACGAUCUUUGCUCAAAAGGAAAUUCUGUCUAAUUGCUGGGAGUUCGAGGAAGGAGGCAUAAGCGAUUGCGCUAGGGUCUUAGACUGGGCGCUUGCAAAGUUCACGGUCUGA